AUGUGUAUUUUCGAGAGAGAAAAAGGUGGUUUUUGGCAAUUUACUCUCCCAGUCCCGACGCCGCGGUCACAGCCGCAGCCGACUGGACGCCGCAAGCCGCGCAGCGCCGGUGAAGAGCCGGACCUGUCACCUCCUCCGCUCCCGUCAGUUCCGGCCACUUCACCGCGAGCCCCGCUGGCCCUCAAAGGCCUCAACAUGGCAGGUCUGCUGCUGCGUGGGUUCAUCCGGAUCCAGCCCCGUGCGCCAAUGACCGCCGCCGGUGGAGCCGCGCUCUUCUACGCCUCGUGGCCCUCGUCGCCCCGCACCGUCGCGCACCUGGAGGUGAGGGGGGAGCAGGCCGCUGCUGAAGUUGAAUUAUCAAAGAAGAGUUGUAUCCCAUGCAAUUCAAAGUAUCUACAUGCCAUGUCAGAAGAUUCUGCUAAAAAGUCACUUGAACAGGUGACUGGUUGGGAACUGAAAAAUGAAGGUGACAUAUUGAAAUUACACAGAGCAUGGAAGGUGAAGAAUUUUGUAAAAGGGCUUGAGUUCUUUCAGCUUGUUGCUGCUCUUGCUGAGGAAGAAGGUCACCACCCAGAUCUUCAUCUCGUCAGUUGGAACAAUGUGAAAAUCGAUGUCUGGACUCAUUCAGUCAGAGGUUUAACAGAUAAUGACUUCAUCCUUGCUGCAAAGAUCAAUGAACUCAAGCUAGAAGGCCUUUUGAGCAAGAAAAAGGCUACUUCCCAGGAGUAGAUUUGGGAGAUCAAGCAGAUAACUUUUAAUGUGUAGACGCCAAGAAAUGCCCUUUUAUAGUCUGAUGAUUGUACAUGCCGUUCCAAAAUGAGUACUUCCGAUGUGAAUUCCACUUACCAUUUGGUGAGAUCUAUCCGUUCUGGGCGAUGCGUUUCUCCGAUGUUGCGAAUCUAGGAUCAUCCUAAUACUUGUCUGUAUCUUCUGAAUAUAUACCGUAGUUUGAAGGUGUCAUGUAUGCAAUGGCAUAGAUAUAUGAUCA